AUGGAUAUCUCCCAGAACGCACCCAACAGCUCAAGAUUUCAAGUGUCUAAGUUCAUUCUGAUGGGGCUCCCAGGCAUUCACGAAUGGCAGCACUGGCUCUCCCUGCCACUGGCUCUGAUAUACUUCUUAGCUCUUGGUGCCAACACUCUCAUUGUGAUCACUGUUCACCAUGAGCAUAACCUGCAUCAGCCCAUGUAUCAGUUCCUUAGUAUCCUGGCUAUAGCGGACAUUGGCUUGGCUACUACCAUCAUGCCCAAGAUUCUGGCCAUCUUCUGGUUUGAUGUCAAGGCCAUUAGCCUCCCCGAGUGUUUUACUCAAAUUUAUGCUGUUCACUGUUUUAUUAGCAUGGAGUCAGGCAUCUUCCUCUGCAUGGCUGUGGAUAGAUAUGCAGCCAUCUGCCACCCACUUCAGUACUCCUCCAUAGUUACUGAAGCUUUUGUGGUAAAAGCCACAGUGUUCAUGGUGCUUAGGAAUGUGCUGUUGACCAUCCCAGUGCCUAUACUGGCUGCCCAGAGACACUAUUGCUCCAGGAAUGAAAUUGAGCACUGCAUGUGCUCCAACCCAGGGGUCACUGGCUUGGCCUGUGAUGAUAUUACCAUUAAUAGGUUUUAUCAGUUGGCUUUGGCAUGGGUCCUUGGUGGAAGUGACAUGGUUCUAGUCUUUAUUUCCUAUGUUCUGAUCUUUCGCUCCGUGCUGAGGCUGAACUCCACUGAGGCAAUAGUCAAGACUCUGAGCACCUGCAGUUCUCAUCUCAUCCUAAUCUUCUUCUUCUACACAACCAUUGUCGUAGUGUCUAUAGCCCAUCUGGCAGGAAAAGCAGUUCCCAUCUUCCCUGUUCUUCUAAAUGUGCUCAACAUUGUCAUGCCUCCAGCUCUCAACCCCAUGGUAUAUGCUCUUAGGGCCCAGGAACUCAGAGUAGGCUUCCAGAGGGUGUUUGGGUUAGAAAAGAAUAUGUCCCAAAAAUGA